AUUCUUAACCGGAUUCUUUACAAAAUGUGGGUGGGACCCACAAGGGACAAUAUUUUUAUAGAAAUAACUUUGCAUUUAAUAGCUCGAUAUCUGUAUGGCUAAACACCGAGUCGCUGAAACUUUAACAGUGAAUCUGUGAAUCAAUUCUCGAGAAACUGAAAAAAACUAAAAAACUCGUGAGCUGAACCAGGAAAUAACCCAGUGUAGUCCUAAUUGUGUAGUCCAGUCGGUGGAUUGUUGACAUGCUGCUGAAUUAAAACACGGUGUUCAUGACGGUAAACACUACUGCUAAUGGCAGUAUAAGAUGCUUUCUCCAUCGAUCUGUUUUCGUAGCGUUUUGAGCUCUUUGAUGACAUUAUAUGCAACAUUUGUAGCUCGGUAGGUACCUUAACUGUGUUGAUGAGGAAGGUCGCUAGGUAAUAUAACUUACAUAACUAGCAAGCUAGUUAAUGCUAGCUAGCUAAAAGUCCAGAAUAGACUACAUGCCAUGUUAUAGCUAGGUUUUCGACAGCUUCACUGAACGGCAACUGACAAAUUGGAAAGUUUUACCAUUUCUUAUUAUUGUCUUGUGACGGGUUACGAGGACAUCGCACUUGAUAAAAGAUCCUAGGAACCAUUUGAGCCGCUUCUGUAGCUGACAUUAGCAAGCUAAUGACCUAAAUUCACGAAGUUUAUUCGAAAGCAAGCAAAGAUGGAUACAUUUUUUAAAGUAUUUGUUUGCCACAUGAUCGUAAUGAGCGUCGUCGCUCAGACAGAGGACCUCGCAGACCAACCCCAGAACAGGUCACUGGUUAAUCUACACAUGCUGGCAACUUUACCUGCUCUCCGUGAUAUCGUGGUAAAGGAGGGUUCCAGCGCGCUGAUUGAAUGCAAUGUGACUGGAGGACAUGAAGAUGUAUUGUGGUACAACUCCAAGGGGCACAUACUGGCUAAAGAGGACGGAGGAGGGAAAUGGUGGGUGAUGGACGAUGGCGUUUUGAAUAUCACAGCGGUCACAUUUGAAGAUCGAGGCAGGUAUACCUGCAUAGCCUCUGGCUCUUCUGGGACCUGGAACUACACCAUCACGCUGCGGGUGUCCUACACGCACAGCGGGCUGGGGCUGUACUACGUCAUCGUGUGCCUCACUGCCUUCACCAUCACGCUGAUCCUCAACAUCACGCGCCUGUGCCUGGUCAGCAGUCACCUGCGCAAGACAGAGCAGGCCAUCAACGACUUCUUCCGCUCCGAGGGCGCCGAGAAGCUGCAGAAGGCCUUCGAGGUCGCCAAGCGCAUCCCCAUCAUCACCUCCGCCAAGACCCUGGAGCUGGCCAAGGUAACGCAGUUCAAGACUAUGGAGUUCGCCCGGCACGUGGAGGAGCUGGCCCGCAGCAUCCCGCUACCCCCACUCAUCCUCAACUGCCGCGCCUUCGUGGAGGAGAUCCUUGAGACGGUCCACCUGGCGGACCCCUCCCAGCCCCACGCACCCCCGCUGAGGCAGGCCAUCGAAGACGGCUCCAGGGGGGACUCUGACCACGGCCAGGCAGGAGGAGAGGGCUCUGGGGGGGACCACGCCUCACCCCCUGGGCAGGCAGGAGGAGAGGGCUCUGGGAGGGACCACGCCUCACCCCCUGGGCAGGCAGGAGGAGAGGGAGAGGUCCUGAACAGGAGCACCCAGGAAAUAGAGGUGUCCAUGCACCCCCAGUCUGAGUACCCGGAGGGGGGGGGUGAACCCGGUAGUGGGUCCCUGGAGCACACAGAUGUGUGCAUCCCUAUCCUGUCUCCAGACGCCCCCUAAAGGAUCCUUAUAGUGGCCAUAUGCAUUCUGGGAGCCAGAAAUGUGGCUGACCAUGAUCAUUUUUUUAUUUAUUUUUUAUCACAUACCGUGAAGCCCCAGCAAGUUGGAUUUUUCAGUAGCCAGGAUGUUGUGUGGCCGAGUGAUCGUUUCUUUUCUGUGGGCAGUAAAGAGGAUUGUGCUUUGGCUUGUUAAAUCUUGAGCUGUGAAUUGUUAGGUUUUCCCCCUUCUCCAUGAAAUGAUUGGUGUGAUUGGUGCAGUAAUGAGCAGGGGUUUAGUGUUUGUGUUCUACAUUGUGUGUGGCUGUUCUUUUCCACUGUCUCCUCACACUGUGCAGAAUUUAAAGGUGACGGUGGCAUGGAGUUUAACUCUGAUGUGAGUGCAUUAGCAUGAGUUUAUAGCCUACAGUCGUCUGAGGGACUUGCAGUUGAAAGAGCCUGCAGUAUGGUUUGCCUUCAACAGUCGUAGUGUUAAAGUCUGCACUCUAAAUGCAGCUUGAUAAACCAGAAUUACUACCUGCAUUCCAUAACUCAGCAUCUCCCACAUUCUCUCACAUUCUCUCGCACUUACUGAUGUGAGAGACUUGGGGGCUGUUUUUUUCUGAGUAAUAAUUUCAUUUUUUCAUUCUGAUGUUUGUGGCACUUAGAAAAUGAACAACAGUGGACUUUGGGUCAUUGAGUUGUGAAUCACAUAGUUGAAUGCAAUGAGGUCAUCUUCCCAGGUGGGGGUGCUGUGACAUAAAAAAUGAUACCCAGCAUAUGCCAUCUGCUGAGCACCAUAGAAUGAGUGUAAAAUAGAUUGCAUUAUAUAAGGGCAUUCAGUACUACAUACUUCAACUGUUUUCUCUCUAGAUUCUCGUAAACAACAUCCCCGGCCACAGCGUUGACUUAAUGAAUACCACCCAUUACUCUGUUGCUCCUCAGAAUUGGAAUAACUCACUCGGGUAUUUGAUGUCUAACAUGAAUUGGCAUGAACUAAUGUAGUUGUUAACUCACUAACUACUGAAAGUUAAGCUGUACAGCUUUGUUUAUGUACUGUACUUGUGUAUCAUUAACUCAUGUUAACAACUACAUUGGUUAAUGUCAAUUCAUAUUGGAAUGAAAAAGACAGUCCAUGUAUUAAAUCUCUCCUAUGGUAUGCUAAUUUGUAUAUAUGUAUACACUCACUGAGCACUUUAUUAUUGCACCUACUUAUUCAUGCAAUUAUCUAAUGAGACAAUUGUGUGGCAGCUGUGCAAUGCAUACAGUCAGGUAGACACGGGAAAGUAAGUUCAGUUAAUGUUCACAUCAACCAUCAGAAUGGGGAGAAAAUGUGAUCUAAGUGACUUUGAUUGUGGAAUGAUUGUUGGUUGCAGAGAGGGUGGUGCAAAAAACUAAAAACAUCCAGUGAGCAGAAGUCCUGCAGACAGAAAUGCCUUUUUAAAGAGAGACGUCAGAGGAGAAUGGCCAGACUGGUCAAAGCUGACAGGAUGGUGACAGUAACACAAAUAACCACACAUUACAACAGUGGUGUGCAGAAAAGCAUCUCUGAACACACAACUCAUCAAACCUGGAUAGGCUACAGCAGUAGAAGUAUAAAUAAAUACGUCUAAUAUAAUAGACUAAUAAAUAAUAAGUUGAAUAAAUAAUAAAGUGCUGACUGAAUGUGUGUGUAUGUGUAUACUUAAUGUAACAAAAACAUUAGUCAGUAGUUAAAUACAUUAACUAAUGAAAAGUUAAUGCUUAAUUAAUGUAUUUUUAUCAAUUAAUUCAUACAGUAAUAACGCCUGUAUCAGUUAAUGCCAGUUCAUAUACCAUUAUUGUACGGUGUUAGAAAGAAGUCUGAUAUUGAAAAACAUGCUUGUUGUGCCGGCACGGCGUUAAACCGUUCUGGUUAAACCGGUUGAGUUGAGCUGAAUCGGCGGGUGAAAGUUUGGCAUGGAGAGGAGCCUCAUGAGCUCAUCGUGCUUCAGGGAUCCUGUAACUGCCGCAGGUGAUUUUGCUGUGCUUGGGUUCUCUGGUAUGAAGGUCUGCUGGAUUAUUAUUUUUUAAUGCUGGACUUUGGUUGGCUCCCUGGUGCUAAUCCUCAGAUCAGAUCCAGAUCAGCGGUGGUGUCCUGAGUGUGUGUGGGACGGCCAGAGUGUGGGGGGGUGUGUGUCUGUGUCUGUGUCUGUGUGUGUGUGUCUGUCGUAGCCACAGCGGUGGUGUCCUGAGUGUGUGUGGGACGGCCAGAGUGUGGGGGGGUGUGUGUCUGUGUCCUGAGUGUGUGUGGGACGGCCAGAGUGUGGGGGGGGGGGCACUUCGUCCCCAGCAACACAGGCACUGCGGCGAAUAGAUGUAUGAUGGGAUAGCUUUUUGUAUGUGUGUGUCUGUCUGUCUCUGUGUGUGUGUUUGUGUCUGUGUCUGUGUCUGUGUGUGUGUGUGUGUGUGUGUGUGUGUGUGUCUGUCUGUCUGUCAGUGUGUGUGUGUCUGUCUGUCUGUCUCUGUGUGUGUCUGUCUGUCUGUCUGUGUGUGUGUGUGUGUGUGUUUACUUCAUAAAUUAUAUCUGAUUUUUCUCCCCAGCAGAUGAGCAGCUUGCUGCACUGUUUGAUAUGAGCAGGGUUUAUUAGAUCAGUGAGUGUUUAUGUAUUUAUGAGGAAUAUGAUGCGGGUCGGCAGUUGUAAUGUAACUCUUCUGCACCCAAUCAGCCCCUCAGUGAGAAGAUAAGAUAACCCUGCAAUGAUGGUGUGAUUCAUUUGGGUCAUUAAGGUUAAUAAGGUCACGUAGGUCAUUAAGGUCAUUAAUGUAUCGACUGCCCAAGAGAGGACCGCAGUAAACCCAGUAUCAUCCUCUUGGUGAUGAAAGUGGGUAAAAUAAAGGUGAUGUGGGGGAAGCCUCUGCAGUGAGUGCCUGCUCAUGAUUCAUUAGGGUCUGUCCGCCCAGGUAGAGCUCAUCCUCUCAUCUGCUAAGAGAAAACACUAACGAUGUGCUGAGUCCGGCCUGAUCCAGAACCCUUUUGUGCACUUUCAGUAUCUUUUCGUUAUUUUACUGUUGUAAAUUUGUACUGUGGAUUAAAACAGAGAAUAUUUAUGGCUUAAUAACACUUGUUUUAUUGUGUAGGAAUAUGAUGAGAAUAUGUGUGAACAUAUGGCGAGUUUAUUGAGGAGAAAUGUUCAUCUGGCUCUACUGAAGGACUAAAGAAACGCACUGAAGGAGUGGCUGAUUUAACACUCUGUCUGAUUGGGUGUGUGCGUGUGCGUAUGUGUGUCUGUAUGUGCGUGUGUGUGCGGGUUGUUUAGCGAGUCAGUCAGAUUGGUGCAAGCUCAUGGCCCAGUGGUAUUUUAGACAUGAGAUUAGAAUUUUAUUAAGAGAUCACAAUAAUACUGAUGUAACAAACACUACUGUAAUUGAAUGCAAUGGAGUUUUUGAACACUGGCUUGAAAAUAUAACAUUCCAAAAAGCUUAAUCUUAAAAGUUUAGGAGAUUUAAGGGGUUUGAAGGUUCUUUCCUGGACUGGUCUUUGCAGAUGCGACCACCACCAUACCUCCAAUUCAUUACAAACUGAAAUGCUGCCAAGAUGUACCAGCACUAAAAUACCAAACCCUAAGAUGGAUGGCUUCAGUAGCCGGGCUUUGAUUCCCAUGGAUGUGAGGCUAAUCCGUGUGUGCACUGAGGGAGAGAGUCUCCUCAGACGAAGUUCACUUUCCACAUUUCACCAGCCAGUGAGAAAUAUCCAAAGAACACUCAGUGCAUUGAUCCAGCUCUCGUGGGUCUGUGUGUGACGGCGUAUGUUUUUCCACAAAAUGAAACAGAAAAUCCAGGCUGGAAGUGCAGCAUCACAAACUCACAUUUCAGAAGUGAAAGUGUGAAGAGAGACACGCUGACAGAAAUGUGCUGAAAGUUUCAUGGCAGAAGUUGAAAGAGAUAGCGGACUGGUUGGGCGUGUGACCGUAGACUGCUUCAGCUCAGAGCCAAGCCUGGGGAGAUGGGCAUGUCCACGUUACAGCGCUUUGUGAGAGGGCCAGGCAAGCUGGUGUAGUUCGACUACUAAAACAGCUGUGCGUACAAGGGUUGCAUCUAUAGAUCUGAGAAAUAAAAGUUUACGUGUAAUAAAAGUGUGAAGACUCUAAAUGGAUGAGCCAUUAACAUGAGUAUGAAAUGAGCUGUGCUAAAUAUAACAUCAUUGGCUAAAUGUAUACUUGUUAAGACAAUUUAAGGCAAUGUUUCUUUGAUGCUUUUACAUAACAUGGCCUAUUUGUUUGUCCAUUGUAAACCCUUAUGGAAACUUCUCUGAGAUGUAUGUGAAUGGUGUUUUAUAAAAGCGCACAUUGAUUAAUUCACUCAGUGCCAUGAUUUUGGAGCUAUUGCUUGUUUGAUAAAAAGCAGAAUAUGGUGUCAUAUUCCUGUUUUUGCAGAAAUGCGUUCAUAUUUACAUAAUGUGUGUAAUCAUCCUCACCAUCUCUACCAAUGGAAAGCUGUGUUUCAUGCACAGAUGAAGAUUCCAAUGCCACAAUGUUUACGCUGUGAAUCUGUGAGUGUGUUGAGUUUAUUCCUGUAGCUUCAGUGGUGAUGGAGGUGCUUGUGUUUGGGUGUUGUCUCACUGUGAAUGUCAUGGGUACUGAUUUAUUUUUAUCUUUAAGCAAUGUAACUUGCAAGGGAAGAAUUGAAAAUGUUUAAUAAAAUUUGAUUUUCCAUUUC